CGCCGCCGCAGCGCCCUCGGCCGCCAUUCGGCAUCCGAAACUUUCCAGCGCCCGCGCCUCUCGGGGACUCGGCUGCGGCGGGGCGGGGGCGGCCCGGGGGCGGCGCGCGGCUGCUCCGGGUGCCGGGCCCUCCUCGGCCGCGGCACGGCCCGGGCUCGGCGACGGCCGGCCGGAGGGAGGUUCGGGGCGGCGGCGCCGCCGCAAGUUGCGCUGCUCGCGGCGAGGUAACUGAAGACAGAAAACAGGCCUAAAAAUAAACCCUAGAAGGAAGAAGGGAUUUGCCUGCAUUUGGCUCUGAGCAGGUCCCAGCAGACACUUGGCGUUUUAUAUGAUCGGACGCUGGGGAGCCCACUGGUUCAAAGGUCUACACAUGAAGUCAGCCUAAAGCUUUCCCACAGAAGGCGGCCCCCGCUUCGUGAAGACCUCAUCGCCGCGAGGUGGGGCUAAGAUGAGCAUAACCAGUGACGAGGUGAACUUUCUGGUGUAUCGGUACCUCCAGGAGUCAGGUUUUUCCCACUCGGCGUUCACAUUCGGUAUCGAGAGCCACAUAAGCCAGUCCAACAUCAAUGGGACUCUAGUGCCGCCGGCUGCCCUCAUCUCCAUCCUGCAGAAGGGCCUGCAGUAUGUGGAGGCCGAGAUCAGCAUCAACGAGGACGGCACGGUGUUUGACGGCCGCCCCAUAGAGUCGCUGUCCCUGAUCGACGCGGUGAUGCCCGACGUGGUGCAGACGCGGCAGCAGGCCUUCCGAGAGAAGCUGGCGCAGCAGCAGGCCAGCGUGGCGGCCACGGCGGCGGCGGCGGCGGCCCCGGCGACGGCGGCGGCCCCGGCGGCCGUUUCCCAGCAGAAUCCACCAAAGAACGGCGAGGCCACGGUGAACGGGGAGGAGAACGGAGCACACGCAAUAAAUAAUCAUUCGAAACCAAUGGAAAUAGACGGAGACGUGGAGAUUCCACCCAACAAAGCCACAGUCCUUCGGGGCCAUGAGUCUGAGGUGUUCAUCUGUGCCUGGAACCCUGUCAGUGAUCUCCUGGCUUCUGGAUCUGGAGAUUCGACCGCGAGGAUAUGGAACCUCAAUGAAAACAGCAACGGGGGCUCCACGCAGCUCGUGCUGAGGCACUGUAUACGGGAGGGGGGGCAUGACGUCCCCAGUAACAAAGACGUGACCUCGCUGGACUGGAACAGUGACGGCACACUGUUGGCUACAGGUUCCUAUGACGGUUUUGCGAGAAUAUGGACGGAAGACGGUAACCUGGCCAGCACCUUAGGCCAACAUAAAGGCCCCAUCUUUGCCUUGAAAUGGAACAAGAAGGGGAAUUACAUUUUGAGUGCUGGAGUAGACAAAACAACAAUAAUUUGGGAUGCCCACACAGGAGAGGCCAAACAGCAGUUUCCGUUUCAUUCCGCCCCUGCCCUCGACGUGGAUUGGCAGAACAACACUGCCUUCGCCUCCUGUAGCACAGACAUGUGCAUCCACGUCUGCAGACUCGGCUCUGACCGCCCGGUCAAGACGUUCCAGGGGCACACGAAUGAGGUCAAUGCCAUCAAAUGGGAUCCUUCGGGGAUGUUGCUAGCAUCCUGCUCUGAUGACAUGACGUUAAAGAUCUGGAGUAUGAAGCAGGAUACGUGUGUCCAUGACCUUCAAGCUCACAGCAAAGAGAUAUAUACCAUAAAGUGGAGUCCCACCGGGCCAGCCACCAGCAACCCAAACUCCAACAUCAUGCUAGCAAGCACCCAAAAAAAGAAGGAGAAGAUCUGUUUUACGACCGUGGCUUUGUUUUCAGUAUAUCUGGUUCACGUUUUAGAAGAGGAAGAGUGUACCCGCUUGUUGUCUCUCGAAACUGCUUCGUUCGAUUCUACAGUUCGACUGUGGGACGUGGAGCGGGGCGUUUGCAUCCACACACUCACCAAACACCAGGAGCCGGUCUACAGUGUAGCCUUCAGCCCCGACGGGAAGCACUUGGCCAGCGGCUCCUUUGACAAGUGUGUGCACAUCUGGAACACGCAGAGCGGAAGUCUCGUCCACAGCUACCGAGGCACCGGCGGCAUCUUCGAGGUGUGCUGGAACGCCCGAGGGGACAAAGUGGGCGCCAGCGCGUCGGACGGCUCCGUGUGUGUCUUAGAUCUGCGAAAGUAAACAUGAAAUAUUUUAGAAACAAGAAGAGAAUUCUAACGGACCAGCAGUGAAUGUGUGGGGUUGUAGCACUAUUCAAACACAAUUCUGUCAGCUCCAAAACUGUACGAACUUGACCUUAGAGUGUACUUUGAAAUCAACUCAUCCCUGGCCACAGGAGUCUCUAUUUUUUUGUAACCUUUAUCAAGAAGUUUAAAACAAAAACAUACACACAGUCAUAUCAAAGGGGGGAAAGAAUGGUUUCCACCUGGAACACUCAGCCUAGGAAGCACGAAGCCACCAGCUAGACGGUGCAUGGUUUGGUUUCCAUCCAGAACAGGCUCUGAUGGCUGAGAGGAAAAGAAAAAAAAAAAAAACAAAAAAAAACUGUGCCAAAAAGAAAAAGAAAAAAAAUGCUGUGAUAAACCAAAAGGGGGGUGGGGAACUCCUCACGUGGUGGGUUUUGUUUUUUUUUUCCUAAAAAUUUGGACACUACAGUUACUCUCACAAGGAUGUUCAAAGACCAGUUUGUACGGAUGAAAUGGGCAACUUUGUAAUCCCAACACUUUCUAUUUUCUAGACUCUUUGUCCCGUGGUUUUUCUAUGGGCUGGAAUCCUGUCGUCUGGGGGCCUCGGGUCUGAGGUUGGAAACUGUUUUGGGUGUGUUGCUUCUUUGCUGGUGUCGCCUGCCCCCUCCACCUCUCCUUCCUUCGUGGUCUUGGUUGGCAUCACCCCCUCACAGAGUCUCUGACAGGCGGGGCUUUCUCGCCCUGCCCUCCCUCCCUCCCUCCCUCCCCCCCUCCCCCUCUCCCCCUCGCGCACUCUCUCCGCCCCUUCCUCAUAGUCGCUUCCCAUCUUAGGUCUCAAGGGCACUUUUGGCGCAUACUAAGUGCUUUAUGUAAGAAGGCAGGGCAGGGGGACUUUUUACAGGAGAAAAAAAAAAAAAAGUGACUUAGAAAGAGCCCA